UGUUUCCUAAUGUUCUUUCCACGUUACACCACAUUCUUUAAAUAUCAUUUCAACUUUGGUGCAUUUCAUCAGCUCUUUUUCCUGCAUAACAGCUUCUUGAGAACUAUGUAUACAUACGAGGAACGAGGAGGAAAAAACACUAAAGAAUAUUCAGGAUUUUUCCGUGAUAAAAAUGGCUAUGUGUCUCCGAUGCAUGACAUUCCACUAUAUUCUGAUUCUCAGAACAAGAUCUUCAACAUGGUUGUUGAGAUACCUAGGUGGACAAAUGCGAAAAUGGAGAUCAACCUAGCAAAGGAAUUAAACCCAAUUAAGCAGGAUAUAAAGAAGGAAAAGUUAAGAUAUGUGAACAAUGUAUUUCCAUAUCAUGGCUAUAUAUGGAACUAUGGUGCUUUACCACAAACAUGGGAAGAUCCUAGUGCAGUUGAUGCACAUACUAGCUACAAAGGUGAUGGUGAUCCAAUAGAUGUUUGUGAAAUUGGAACUAUGGUGGCAAAACGUGGUGAUGUUAAGCAAGUAAAAGUUCUAGGUGUAAUGGCAAUGAUUGAUGAAGGUGAGACAGAUUGGAAAGUCCUUGCAAUUGAUGUCAAUGAUCCUUUGUCAUCUAAGAUGAAUGAUAUCAGUGAUGUUGAAACUCAUAUGCCUGGAUUACUUAAGGCAACCCAUGAAUGGUUAAAGAUUUAUAAAGUUCCAGCAGGAAAACCAGAGAAUACAUUUGCAUUUGAUGGCCAAGCAAAAGACAAAGCAUUUGCUUUGAAGAUAAUUGAAGAGUGUAACAAACACUGGUUAAAAAUGAUGACAAGCUCACAACAGCCUGUAAAUAUCAGCAGGUUGAAUACAUCCCUUAAUAAUGGAAGCAGUGUCUCCAAUACAGAUGCACAGAAAAUUGCUGAAACGGUGCCUGCUACUGGCAACCCAGGAACAGUCAGCCCUACUGCUGAUGAAUGGCACUAUGUCAAGAAAACAUAGAGUAAUAUAAUUAAUAUCAGCAAAUAAAUGAAAUUAGUAAUUUCAAUUGAAUAAAUUAUUUCGUGUUCAGUGAAUGCCAUGAUUGAACGCCAUAAAAAAGUCUUCUUGAAUUUA